AUGCUUGCCCAGAGCCCUAGAGGUACACCCCCGCCAACACCACACCUUACUAUUCUAAAUACAUAUCUCAAGCCAAAGUUGCUAACGAGAUUGGAGAAACGGGUAAAAAGGAAGACAGUGGUGGCGAUGAAGGAGCUGAGCCAGCAAAUCCAAGAAAAUAAGUGCCGGCGGGACAGGCUGCUGAAGGACAGCAGGCAGCUACUAGAGGAAAAAUACCGCGUGCAGGCUGAAAACCAGCUUUUCAUGGAAUACCUGCGGAAAAAUAAGGAACAGUGGGAAAAGAAACAGGAGGCGGCGUGGAAGCAGUACGUCCAAGAAUGUGGCGAGAUAGAACGAAGGAGACAAGAAUUGGCAUCCAGAUACAACCGGAGAAAUGCAGCUCUUCAAGACCAGCUCCUACAGGGCAGAAAGACCCAGAAGGAUUUGAAGCAGCAGCUGCAGGCACUGGAGCCAGUUUACAAGAUAAAGGAGAGGCAGGACACGAAAAUACAGGCCUUAAAGAAGGACCAAGAGAAAGUCCGAGAUGAGACUGCGGCCAAGGAUCAGGAGGCACACUUCCGGUUCCUGCGGGAAAAGGCACUGAUGGAGAAGGAGCUGGAAGAAUGGCACCUGAUGGAGCUGGGGCAGGUCAACACCACAGGGCUUAUGAGGAAGUACAAGGCCUUGGCGCUAGCAGCCAAGCAGGCCCAUUCUGAGUUCUGUGGCAGCCUCCACAAGGAGAACCAACAGCUACGCAGGGAGUUUCAGCAACUGAGCCAGGAGUACACCAGAUUGGAUGUUGUGAGGAGCCAGCUGGAAAAGCGUCGGCAGCUGGUGAAGGAGCAGCAGUGGUACCUAGAAGCCUUGACCAGAGGGCGGCAGCGGCUGCAGGCAGAACGCGAGCGCCAUCAUCGUGGUCAUAAUCCAUGCCUCAAGGAACAGAGAGCUUCAAAGACCAUGCCGAGCACCAAAUCAAGAACAAGUUCAAAGUAA